AAAAGCGUGACAGAAGAAUCAAAGCGGCAAAAUGUAAAACUUGCUUAUUGUGGGUUUAUUUUUAACAAUUGCCGUCAUCGCGCGCUCGUUUCGUUGGCCCGUUCGCCUCGCAGUUGGUUGUGUGCUCGCCCGCUUGCGUGUGUUAAUUAAAUUUUUUUCAGCAUUUUGCAAUUGCUGCGUAUUUGCUUUUGCGGCAUUUAACUGUAUACCAAAAAAUCCAUCGCCGACUGCAGUUUGCCGUGCGACCGAGUACAGUUAGGACGGCGUUCAAUAGUGCUUUGUUUUUUGCUGUGUUUAUUCUUGGUAAAUUUCCACUGGUGUCGCGCAUCAUCAGCAUGGUGUUAACAAAUUUCGAGUGCUGGGCACAUGCAGAUUCGGCGGGCGCGACUGCCGCCAAUUUCGAAACCACGCAGAUGCGACAAACCUUGGAUCCAUUCAAUCCACGUGCAGUCUCCUACGCUGCCGUCCCCCCUGUUGACGCUACCGUUGGCGGCCAUUCAUGGCCAUUCAUGAAUGAUGCCAACAACAAUGAGCAGCCAGUGGAUGCAGCCGCCGCGUCUGCAGCUCGCUGCAAAAAGCGUUGUAACGGGAAUGAGCCAUCCGAGGACGGGGAUAACCCGAUGCACACCAAGCGCUGCCGCUUCGACGAUGUGGAUCUGGCGGCUCAGUAUUGUAAUGAUUUUUUUUCACUGCCUGCCACACAAGUAAUUGGAACACAGGCCUGCUUAAUGGAUUACGAGAUGCAGGCCAGCGAUGGUGGCUCUGGGGACAUGAUGGAAGCAGAGCCACAGCAGCAGCAGCAACAACACCAGCAGCAGCAGCAACAACAACAACAACGCCUUCAGCAGCAUUUUCAAGGUCCAGACCCCAAAGUGAAACAGCAGCUGCUGUACCGGCAACUCGAGCAGCAUAUAACCAGAAAAGUGAUGGCAAAGCCUCGCACGAAAGUCCACGCAAAUUCCAGUGAAGCUGAGGCGGCGGAUCUGUAUAUAGGAACGCAUGGCGGCUGCCUGCAUCACUUCGAAAUGCUGGGCGGGUCAGAGCAGGAGGAGUUUGAUAUCUGAACAAUACAAAAUGUACCACUAACCCAUAGGGUUAUCUAUACUUAGUACCCCAACUAACCAACUAGCACCGAUCCCCGGGCAUUGUUAGCCCCAAACCGAAGUAGUCACGUAAGCUCUCGCAUAUCGCUACCUGAAGGUGCUUAGUGUUUAGGCAUUGAAUCCUAAUAAAUGAACACAAAAAGAGAACUG